AUGGAGCGACGCUGGGGCUUCCUGGCGCCCUGGUGCACUGCUAUGAAGGAGCGCAUCGUGUACCGCAUUCUCUCGUGCGAGAACAUCGCGUGGGACGUCAAUCGGCGCCACCUGCAGGUCUACGUGCCCGGACGUCUGGACAAGUGGACCACGGGGAGGAGGAGUCCCCCCGUCCAGGAAGCUCUUUUGCUGCUAACAGCAGUGAAUCAUGUGGACCACACGGCGUUUCGGUAUUUACUGAAAAAUUCUGGCGUGAAUUUCGGACAAGAAGGAGAAGAAAAAUUCGAAGAGGAAGUUCCCGCGCGGUUCGUGCUGCACAUUGAUCUGGAAGAGGCGAAGACUGAAGAUGGCUCUUUUGACUUGGGCCUGGUGCAAUUUUGCGUUGCAGAAAAUUGCGGCAAAAUUGGACGAAAAUGUCCAGCAAGCUGCAGCGUCAGUGGAGAUUCAAGUGCCCGUCCGAGUGUACGGGUCGGAAGGGUUUCACAUCCCCUGGCAGCUAUGGUGGCUACUCAUAAAGCAGAACAAAUCAUCCAAGAACGUCUCAAGCAGCAGAAACAGCGCGCUUUUGGUGGACUGCUGCAGCCUAGAUAUACGCCGGAGCCGAUGGUCGCAGACUUGGAAUGCGUGCCGAUCACGCUGGAGAUGGCUGAUACAAUGGAGACGCUGAUACGAGACAAUAUGCGGUUCUCACAGUUGGUGCUGAGCACCGACGCGGAUGGCGAUGCUGCUCUAACUGAAGGCCAAACGUGGCAACUGGCAUUUGCCAAGCUUAUCACGCGUCUUUUUGACAGUACGCGACGCGAUCCCACACCGGAAAGCUAUCCGUAUUGUCUACCGGAAACUGUAGCACAACGGACUCCAAUUCAAUCGAUGAUGUUGUCCUGCGAGGGCUGGAACAGUGUUUUCCCCGGGUUCGCGUCGAUGUGCUCAGCACUUGCGGUGAAUCAGACCGUCUCGAAGCUCACAUUAGAGCUGAGCGUAAGCCUGGACGACACGGCUGCCAGUGCCCGUGCCUGGAAAUGGAUGGCGUAUGCAUUUUUUUCCAAGCAAGCACGGCAGUUUUCAGUGCUGCAGUCGCUGGGGAUUUCUCCGACCGUAACGUGCAGCAUGAGCCGAGCUGAUAUUGAAGCUUUUCGAAGUGUGAUGCUGUCCGAUUACCCUGAAGAAGAACUUUUUGGGUCUCCUCGUGGGUCUGUCGAGUCGGGGGAUGCCACACUGACAAAAGGAGCUAGCUUUCGAUGGUAUUACGACGAUGUCGCUCGACCGACUGAGUUCAGCCUGCUGUCGAUGGAUUCGCCUGUGCGGUUUGUACGGACCUUCAGCGAUGACGGCGAAAGUGAGUGGGUGGAUGUGGUGAUUCCCGGCUACGGAAGAUGCCAAGCUCAACGCAAAGAUUUAAACUUUGUUCAGGACUGCUGCCCGGACUCUAUGUCGCCGACAUUGAUGUCACUAAAGCUGCCGUCUAACCCUGGGUUUGGUGAUGGAGUGCCGCUGCUUUUAUCCACUGUUGGUCCGAUGCUGAAAUCUCUAUCAUUCGAUGGACCGGUGAUGAACACUAGCGAUAGCUUGUUCCUGGACAAUCACCCACACAUGGAGGAAUUAUCUCUGCGCUCACCCAACCUCGACGUCCGUCUUGACUUUAAAGACUUCGAUUCCAGUCGUGAGCAACUUUCCACUCUGCGCUAUGACUGCACUGACGUUCCAGGCUUCGUACGAGCCUUAACUGACGCUAGCAACCCGUUGGGAAGCUGUGUCAGGUGGUUGCGCGUCAAGUUCGCAGACAUUUUCUUCUCGCAUGGAGAAGCCGCAGUGGAUGAUACCGUUGAGGCUCUGCUCGACGUGUUGGAGUGUAACCAAGCCAUCGAGUUUGUCGAUGUUGUGGCGCCUCCCGAAUUCCACGUUCUCUCCGCCGCUUUCCGAGCCUUCCACCUCAAGACGCUCCCAAAGUCGCUUCACCCACUGCCGAUCGAGUGCAAAGUCGCGUUCCUGAGUGUGAUGGCGACCACGAAACCAUCUCGGAAGAGAGCGUGCAACUCGCAGACGUCGGGAAAGCCCCCUUGCCAGCUAAACGAGCAUGUUCUGUCCAAGAUUUUCGCGUUUGCUGCUCCGCCGGUGAUCCGCAAAGUUUACUUCCGCAAACUGCUGGACGAUGACUGGAACGACGACGAAGACGAUGACCCUCUGUAA